CAUGACAUCAAAAUAACGCACGUGCGUAAAUCAUCAAAAAUUUUGGUACACCAAGCAAUGAGCGAAAAAGACUUCGAUUUGGAAUACCUGUCAAAAUCGUACCACUAUAUCCGUGACCGCAUUCCCAUUGCCCCAAAAAUUCUUAUAAUUUGCGGAUCGGGACUGGGUGCUUUGGCUGAGACCUUGCGGCAUCCUUUAAGCAUACUUUACAAGGACGUCCCAAACUUUCCACAGACCACAGUCGAGGGUCAUGAAGGAAAGCUGGUUUUCGGGGAAUUAUCAAGCGUCAACGUUGUAUGCAUGCUGGGCAGACCCCAUUACUAUGAAGGUUACUCGUUGAAACAAAUCGCGAUUCCCGUGAGAGUAAUGAAACUCCUCGGCGUCGAGACCCUGUUUGUAACUAACGCAGCAGGUGGGGUAAAUCCUAGUUACAAGGUCGGUGACAUUAUGGUCAUCAAGGACCAUAUAAAUUUUCUCACGCUCGGAGGUCAAAACCCUCUGAGAGGCAAGAACGACCCAAACUUCGGUCCCAGAUUUUUUGCCGCUAAUAGGGCCUACGACAAAGCGUUGAUAGCGACUGCCAGGCAGGUCGCACGGGAGUUGAAACUAGCCCACGUCUACCACGAGGGAGUUUACGCCAUAUAUAGCGGACCUAACUACGAAACUGUGGCUGAAAUUAAAAUGUUGAGGAUGUUGGGCGUGGACGCGACAGGCAUGUCUACAAUUCCGGAAGUCCUGGUGGCAAAACAUUGCGACAUGACCGUUUUCGGUAUAAGUUUGAUCACCAACAAGUGCAUCGCAUCGUAUGACGUAGAAGACGAACCUAAUCACGAAGAAGUGUUAAGAGCCGUGACGCAAAGUUCGGAACGGCUAAAACAAUUCGUUUCGGGGAUUGUAGCCAAAGGGCCAUGUGGUUGUAAAAAUGAGCGCGCUUAACUAAUAUAAACAGUGCGCUUCGCACUUUUCUAUAGUGUAAUUUGUACACCAAGUCAAGUCAUUUGCCGUUUUCGUUUUUGACAUAUGUAGAGGUUAUGGUUUCUUAUUUUUAUUUGGGUGUUGUUGAUUUCGAUAUUUAGAUUUUUUCGAAGGUAUAUCUUAUUCAGUGUUUGUGUGUAGUACUGCUGAUUUAACAAGAUUGCUUUCGAAAAAUGGUCUCAAAAAGAAGCCGCUUCGCUAGAGGGACGCAUUGUGUUUCUAACGUGCUCCUGCAGACCACUAUGGAACUUUCGCAAAAUCGAUGUAAUUAUAUUGUGCGUACACCCUGUAUAAACCGUCUUUCACUUAUUGCCGAAUUUCAAAGCCACGACAAACUUUAAUAAA